AUGUCUACCAGAAGAAGAUCUAGAAGUAGGAGUAGAGAUAAGAAAAUUGCACCAGCCAAACUCAGAAUGGAUACUAAACCUCAAGCAAUUCGCAUUACAGACCCUAGCUUACCAGCUGGCAGAAGAAGGGAAAUUGAUAAUGUCAUGAAAAAAGCUAGAGCUCAAAAGUCACCAAAUUCAGGAGUAUUCUGGGAUAAAAAACUCUUGGAAGUUGAAGCAAAAGAUCCAAACAGGUGGCGCCACAGCGGCUACAAGUCUCUGUACAUCGACGGUUCCCCGCCGUCUCCGGGCAGCCGCCGCUCGCGUUCUCGCUCACCGCCCGCGGGCUCCUCCGCCGCCGCCGCUUUCGGUCGCCGGUCGCCGCCGUCCGCGACCAUGCGCCGCCGGUCGCCGCGGUCGCCGCCGCCGCGUUUCAGUCGGUCGCCGUCUCCCAGAGCGGUCGGUAGAAGGAGAUCGCCGCCUUUGCGCUACAGGAGCAGAUCGCCGCCGCCUGGAAGCGCCCGUGCUUCGCGGCCGAUGGGGCGGCCGCGAUCGCCGCCCUCCCCUCGCGAGCCGCCCUCCUCGCGGCACCCCAAGAGGCGGUCGGUGUCGAACAGCUCGAUCAGCAGCUGCUCCGACGAUUCGUGUUCGGUGUGUUCGCCGAAAGGACACAGGAACGCCAGAUCCAGGUCCAGAUCGCCGUCCCCCCGUAUGCGCCGCCCCCUUCCCAAGGCCCCGCCCUCUCCGCCGCCGCCCAAGCAGCGCACCCGACCCCGCCCUCCCUCGCCGCCUCCCGCCCGGCGCCCUGGCAAGCCACCUACGACGCCGCCGCCGCAACAGGUGGCGCGCAAACAGCCGCCCAAACCCAGUCCGUCUGACAGGCCGACGGACCCGCGAAGGCAGCCGCCGCCGCCCAGGCCGAGGGGCAGCACGGGGGAGCUGAUCAGCGUGAAGGGCGUGAGGCCGCCCACGAAGGCGGGGGCUGCCGGGGCGGUCAGGAAGGAGAAGAGCACUUUGCAGCCGAUGUUGCUGAAGCGAAUAAAGAAAGAACGCACCGGCAAACGUCCGGGCUCGCCGAACGCCGGCGAUUCCUCCGGGUCCGAAGACAGCGGCACGUCGUUGAUGCCGAAACCGAUCGUCGCGACGACCAGUUUGACUUUGUCGGAGCGUUUCGGGAAGAUUGCGCAGUGGAGCGCCGACAGGGAGAGGAGGGAUAUGGAGAACAUGCGCAUCACAAAGACUGGCAGCAAUAUGAAGGUGCUGGUCGAGGAGGAGUUCUUGUACGGCAGCCCGCCUAGGAGCUUAUCUCCCGUCCCCACCGGCCAAUUCCCCGACAAACUCCUCUCGUCCAGCCAAUCGCGCACCGCCGCCUGGGACGAUGUGCGCGUGCGCUACCAGUACUACAAAGACCUCGGCUAUUUGCGCGACCUCUCGCUGGACGACUACGUCAAGUGGGAGGAGUGGUGGUACAAGUACCAGGAUUGGCUGGCCAACGAGCGACACUACGAGCAUUGGCUGACGUCGGAGCGGGGGGUGGGAGGGGGAGGCCGAAGGAGGGGGAAGAAGCGUUUGCCGGCGUCGCAGCGGUUAAACUAGGGUUCGGUCUUGGAGUUGGAGGGAGAGUGUGAGGUUUUGGGUUCUUGGUUUGACGGUGGCGUGGUGUGUUUAGUCAUCUUUACAAUGGAGAUCGUUGGAUGGCUUUG